CGUUACUCAGAAAAAAAGUUUCCCUAUAAAUAUUCAAAAUGUAGAAAACAGGCAAAACAAACAAGUUCUUUAAUUUUUCGUACGUACAAAGUAGAUACAAUCCUACUUUCUUCUUCUACAAGAUUUUUCAAAAUAUUUAUGACCUUAAAUUUUGAAUCAGUUGAUAGACCAUUGCGCGUACUCUGUAUGUUGCAUCCUUUCACUUCCAUAAAAAACUUAUAGAACUAGAUAAAGAUAGUAUAAUGAUCGUGCACUUAGGUGGGUACAUGUCAUUUUGGUUGACAACGUAUCGCGACGACGAAAAUCGUUAUCGAACUGUUACCGCAUUAUUGGCGAAAAAAAUAGGAAAGAAUCUUGAUCAGCUUAAAUGACAAUUGAUACGAUUAUGAUAUGAAGCCGAGAUAUGACGAUGAAAACACAAUUAUCUUCCUCGACGUAUCUGACUCUACUAUAAUAGUAGUAAUAAUAAGUAUCACAGACUUCGUUAAGAAUCACGCUGUGAUUAAUAAUUUGCUUUAUAAAAUCCAAGCAUUGUAUCUGCAUCAUACAUUUCGUGAAAUUUAAGAGAACGAUUUCAAUCGAAUUCAAUGGGAAUCGAUGGGUUUUCCUUUUGAUCUACCUGAACAAACGUUAUCGCAGAUUAAAAAGAUAUUUUCUAAAUAGAAGGUGAAGGUGAGUGUGCUAUCGGUGAUGUACAGCGAAUUCCUACAAGGAGUCCCUUUUCAAGAGACUGGAAUGAACUAUUUUAAUUGAUCGUACGAACACUUGUUUUGGCGAAAUCUUAGAUUUCAUUGCGGGAAUAUAAACUCACUGACUGUGAUGUGGUUUUCUCAGCAUGUCUCACGAAACUAUAUGAUCAGCAAAGUCAUCUGAACAGAAAUUGAAAAUAUAUAUACAGGAAAAAAAAUAUAAAUAUAUAUAUAUAUAAAAUUGCCAUCUAUUUUCAUAAAACGGCAAUUUUAGAGCGUAGAUGUCUUGGAAAACUGCAUUGUUUAUUUAAAUCGUUAGCGAAAGGAAUGACAGCAGUCGUAAAAAAUAAAGAAAACUAUACGAACAUGGCAAUAUCUUUUGUAAAUGUGAGUAACUUUUCAUUUUUCUGCAGACUGUCCUAUCAUUUUGUUCGACGUUAUAUUUCUAAUCUUGCAAGAAAAAAUAUUUAUUUUCGCUUUAUGAGUAUGUCGGAGAUGAAAUUUGAAAUUUUGGGAAGAUCCUCUAAUACUUUAGCCGUAGCAUAGCCGUAAUUAAGCAAUUGUUGUCAUUCAAUCUGAUUGUAAUUGUUGGAGAUUUGUGAUAGUGAGAUUGGGCUCGAGGCGACGCAACUGGUCGCCAAACGCAGCCACGGUCAUGGGAUGGACGUUUUGCUUGACGGAGGUGUGGAGUGGUUGUAUGGUUCUCCCUAGAAAUGUGGUUGUGGCGACAUAUGGCCUCAAGGAUCGGCCUGGCUACGUGUGAUUUUAUCUCGAAGGUGUCAAUAUAAUGGGACACACGUUGUAUUAAUAAUCAAACUCCAGGCAGAAACUGCCUAGCAACGGCGAUUGGAACUUUCUCGAUGCUCCUAACGAAUAUUUAACAAACGAACACAAUUGUAAGAGAGAAAGAUUUUCAUCAGUUUGUUAUUCGUGCGAUCGCCUUGGAAAGUUACACAUCGAGCAGUUUAUACCGAGCGUCUCAACAAUCGUAUUUCAUGCUUAAAAAGUAUUCUACGCUUAAUAAAGAGUUAUCCCGUUGACCGUGGAUUCGCUAUCGAACCCAAGAACAUUGUCAAUUGCAUCUUGCGUGUCUAAACACCACGGUUGUUCGUUAAACUUUGUAAAAGUCAUCUUUUUGUACCUGUAAAUAUAAUCUCUAUUGUACAAAACUAAUGGCUAAUUCAAACGAAGAAUUGUUACGCGCCUUAAAUUCUAACGAUAACCCGACAAGUGUAUAGCGAUAUGUUAAAAACUAGUUGUUAAUGAAAUAUGUUUCUGUAUCUUCGUUUGUUAUUCAAUAAAAUUCUUCGAAUUUGUGGCACGCGGUAUUUUCCUGUACGGGAGUGCGGUACUGCUUAGCCAAGUUAAACCAGUUGCAGAUCUGUCACGUGGAGCCGCAUCUUCUGCUAGUGCUUCCAUAAAAUUCUUCGAAGAUCACUCAGUCUUUAUGAAAUAACGCUUCAGUUACUUCUGUGCAAUGCAUCCCAUAAAAGACGAGAUGGCGAUCGUGGGCUCAAGAAUACCAUACUCUUCGUUCACCAUUUGGCUCUUUCUCAGCAUUGAAUUCGUAAUUACCAUGUUGUUAUCUAUCUUUCUGAGAAUCCUUAAGAUAUUCAAAUCACUGCUGCCGGAACCACCGAGAGAUUUGACUGGAGACGUAGUUUUGGUGGCCGGUGCUACUUCCUCUUUAGGCAGAUCUCUCGCGGCUGAAUUCGUGAAAAGCGGGUGCUCCGUUAUUUGCGUGGAUAACGAUCACAAGUUAAUCGAGGAAACAGCAUCGAGAUUGAAACAACAGCAUCUCACCACCGACGAAACCAAGCCGAGGCACACAGAGAACGAUUCUUCACGUAUAUCUGCUUACGAGUGCGAUUUCUCAAAUAGAGAUGCCAUUAAAAGAACAGCUCAAAAAGUAAAAGACGAUAUCGGAAAGAUCAACACUUUAGUGACCUGCAUUGACAAUUCGAGCGGGGACGUCUUCGACACGACCAGCAAGACUUUGAUGACUCAUUUUUGGACAGUCCUCGCGUUUCUUCCAAUGAUAUUGGAUCAAAAACGAGCCUAUAUAAUUGGAGUGACCCCAAUCGCAUCGAAUAACGACGCUUAUCAUGGUUCCAAGGCAGCUGUAAUGAGUUUCAUGGAAUGCAUGUGUCAAGAAUUGAGCCACCAUAGUAACGAUUUAACAUUUUUGGCAUUCUCUCCAAUUAGAGAAUGCAGUACGUUGAAAGAGAAUGAAGAACAAGUGGCCAAGAACAUUGUGAAAGCAGUACAGACCAAUCAGUAUAAUAUGAGCGUCAGCUGGAUAUCCAAAUCGCUGUAUCACAUAAGUUGUAUGAUCUACAACGGAAUAACCUUGCUCACAGAGUGGACCCACUUUCAUGGAUGCGAUUAUCACGCGUAAAUAUGAGCCCUCUCUCGUUUCACGCUCGACAGAAUCAUUAAAAGAAGGAUGUCUAGAAAUCGCAAUAUCACGAUCUACGAUGUUCCAAGGACAGCCUCGGAAUAAUAAUUAAGCCUUCUCUUAAUAAUUAAAAGAAAAGCAAAGCGCAUCCGUACAAAA